GUACAAAGCUUCUCGCUGUGACCGAUCCAACUCUGGAUGAUGUUAUUUCCUUUCAUCCUGGCAGUUGUAUCACUCCUGCUCUCUGUCCUUUACAAGCCGUCAGAAUUUAACACAGAUGUGUUGUUAGAGCAGACUGUGUCACCUCCACGCGUCCUCCUAUUGACUGCUCAUCCUGACGACGAAUGUUUUUUCUUUGCGCCAACAGUUCUGGCGCUUCGGCGAAAUAGCUUAAGUCCGGAAAUCUUCUCCUUAUGCUUAUCUAGCGGAAACGCUGAUGGUGUCGGGGAACAACGAAAGGGAGAGCUUGCGCGCAGCUUAAACAUUCUCGGAGUUGAGGAGGAACACCGUUGGGUCAUUGAACAUCCACAGUUGCAAGAUAACAUAACGCAGCAGUGGGAUGCAGAGAUUAUUGCUCAAGUCCUUCGACCAUUCGUGAUCGAGCACCAUAUCACUUCUGUCUUGACUUUUGACAUCAAGGGAAUAUCUUUGCAUCCCAAUCACUUUUCGCUCCCAUUGGGUGUAUCAUACCUCAUCAAAUCUCUGUCAUCGUCCUCACAUACACCUGUGCCACGUCUAUUCAGUUUAAUCACAGUUCUUGUCCUUCCAAAAUAUGCCGGGCUGCCGUCUGCCAUUCUUGCUCGCCUUGGCAUCUUCUCUCAAGCCUUUUUAGCCUCUGAGCCUACGGUGGAUUCACCUCCCGUCUUUAUUUCAGGGAUUCCAGACUACCUCACAACUGUAAAGGCAAUUUUAGCGCAUGGAUCGCAGAUGGUGUGGUUUCGCUAUUUGUACAUGACGUUUUCGAGGUAUAUGUGGGUCAAUGAAUGGGUCGAGUUCAAGACUUAGAAGGCGUAGGGCAAGAUCCACUUAAAUAAGGGUGUCUAGGUCAGAAUAAUCCAAAAGACAAAUGCAUCAUGUUGCACUGGCUACAGACGUACUGGAGAUGUCGCAUUCGAAAAUACUUGUAUUGGAUAGAAGAAGCUAUCCUCCGCUAUUAUCAUGGCGUAUAAUAACUCAGUUCAACUAA